CCUAAACCUAAACCUAAACCUUAACUUUAACCUUAACCUUAACCUUAACCUAAACCUAAACCUAUACUUAUGAAUUCUAAUUUAUUUUAUAAAAGUUCAUUUACGACUAAGUUAUUUUCUUAAUUAGUUUAUUGCCUUAAUAUAUUAUUUAUGAAACUGCAAGAUAAAUUUCACUUGGAUUUGAGUGUUCCGCACAUCUCCUAUGCCGUUAACGACAUGAUGAAGGAGCGAUUCAAGGCUUACCACGGUAAGUUAUACCAGCAGUACAAGCGGUCCGCGAGCCACGGGGAGCCCGCACAGUCUGCACCGCCUCACGUGAACCAUGAGGACUGGCGGAUACUCUAUGACAGAUUUUCGUCUGAUUCUUUUCAGAAGAGGAGCAAAAUAAAUUCCGACAACAAGAGAAAGUUAGAAGUGAACCACGUAGCUGGUUCAAAGUCAUUUGUACGACUUCAUCACGACAUGCAAGAUUCCGUCACUGGCCAGGAGCCCGGACCAGUAGACUUCUACAAAGGGACUCACUGUUGACAGGCGAGUGGAUCUUGGAUACAUCCUAGAGCCAGCGAGAUUUAGGUAAAAAUCCUUACAUUGUAAAAUUUAAUUGCAUUAAAUUAUAAUAAUGUUAUUUAUUAUAAAAAUUUAUAUGUUUUCAUUACAGGAGGAGAUAAACACCUUACGUAGUCAGCCCACUCCCGAUGGUACUUAACGAAGUGAGCCAGAGAUCCUGAAUCAGGUGCUUGGCACCCCUUCUGGAUAUGUGCGUGGGCUUGGCCAUGGUGCCAAGCUCAUGACACUCGCUAGAGCUGCCUCCAGCCGAUCC